AUUCGUGUAGUCGCUCUAGUGAAUGAAGAACUAAUUUAUCAUUCAAUUACAUUACAAACUAAAACAAAUUGCGCAUAUUCGAAAUAUUUCGAUCAAAAAUCUUCGAUUACGUAUUAUAGAAAUUGAUGCAAUUAAUAUUUUCGUUGUUCAACACGUACGUAAUACGUUUAUCAGAGUGUAAUCACUGUUGUGGGUGCCAUGUGAUAUCUUCGCCUUUAAAAGUAGAUAUAUUCAUUGGACGAUAACAUCGCUGAGGUAUACUGUGAACACCACUCAGUGACUAACUAUACAAACAUGCAGACGACUAAAGUGAAGCCGUUCGCGUUGCUCAAACUAGUAUCUAUCAACAAGAAAAUUACGAGGAGAGUAGCUGUAGCAAGUACUACAGUCAAUUCGGACACAAAUUUGAAAUCAUGGAAGGAAAUUCCUGGACCUCCAUCCUUGCCAAUUAUUGGCCAAUUACACAAUUUCUUUCCUGGAGGUCAACUACAUAACAUCGAAAUAGUGGACACUACUUUGAAAUUAUUCCAGUUGUAUGGUCCAAUUGUAAGACUUGAUGGACUAUUAGGAAAGGCACCCAUGAUAGUACUGUUUGACCCAGAAGCUUCUGCCCAUGUAUUACGAAGUGAAAACUGGCUGCCGAUUCGACCUGGAUUCGUAUCACUUGAAUAUUAUAGAAAAGUAUUCAAGAAGAAGUUUAAUAAGGAUCACAAUGUUCAGACUACUGGUCUUAUCACUGAUCACGGUGAAGUAUGGAAAGAGUUUAGGUCCACUGUCAAUCCAGUGAUGUUGCAACCGAAAACAAUCAAACAAUAUACCACAGUACUUGAUGAGGUGGCGCAAGAUAUGGUCGCAAGGAUGAAAGCCAAUCGCAAUGAAAAGAAUAUGAUUAAAAAUGAUUUUGAUAAAGAAAUGAACUUAUGGGCCUUAGAAUCUAUUGGUACGGUGGCUCUUGGCUCCCGACUGAACUGCUUCGAUCCGAACCUUCCUGCAGACUCUCCGGAGUGGCAACUGAUCCAAUGCGUCCACGAUCUGUUUGUUACUGCCAAUAAACUGGACUUCAAACCAAGUUUAUGGAGAUAUUUUGCUACACCGACAUACAAAAAUGCCAUGAAAUUGUAUGAGCAUCAUGAAAACCUAACAAAACACUUCUUGAAGAAAGGAAAGGAGCAACUAAAGAACAAUUCUGGUGGAGAGAAUGGUGUACUGGCAAAAUUAUUGGCGAUCAAUGAAGAAGUAGCUUACAUAAUGGCCAGUGACAUGUUAUUUGCUGGUGUAGACACGGCUGCAAAUACAGUAACCGCAACACUUUAUCUUCUGGCAACAAAUCCAGAAAAGCAAGAUAAGUUAAGAGAAGAAUUACGGUCGGGCUCUGAUCGUAGAUACCUGAGGGCAUGCGUCAAAGAAUCAUUACGAGUGAUGCCUGUAGUAUCAGGCAAUAUACGAAGAACCACCAAGGAAUACAGUUUGAUGGGUUACAAGAUACCUAAAGAUAUGGAGGUGGUGUUCGCUCACCGAGACAUGUCGCUGUUAGAGGAAUACUUCCCAAGGGCCAAAGAGUACAUUCCAGAGAGAUGGAUAACCAGUAAAGAUGAUCCCCUUCACUAUGGAAACACACAUCCAUUCACGCAUCAACCGUUUGGAUUCGGCGCCCGAAGCUGUAUAGGUCGUCGCAUAGCGGAAUUGGAGAUGGACAUCUUCGUAGCUCGCUUGAUCGAAAACUUCCAAGUAGAAUGGUUCGGUCCACCACCGAAGAUACAACAAGAAUCUCUCAAUUACAUCAAGGGACCUUUCAACUUCAUAUUUAACGAUGUUAAGAAAUAAAAUAAUUAUAAUUUUAAUGUUAAUGAAAUGUAUAUACCUACUGUUAUAAUAAUGUAUGAAAUUAUAGAUAAGUAAUGAAUAUGUUGUGGCGUUCUCAAUAUGUAAUUUACAUUUAUAUAUAGUUAUUGUGUGACUGCCUCGUUGGCCAAAUGGUC